AUGGCAUCCAGCGGCCGCGUAGAGAAAUCGCGGGCAAGGAGCCACUCAAGAAAUGUCAAUAAUCAACUAAUCAGAACCCCCAGGAAUCUCCAGGAUACCGUAACCAUCCGCGCCGGCUCCUUAGCUCUCGGCCACGAUCUGAUCACGCACCGGGAGUUAGCAUGCUACUACUCGCCUGUCUUUAAAGCGGCGUUUAAUAGUCGGUUUGUGGAGGGCGAGACUCAGACGUAUGAGCUAGAUGAUGUUAGUCCUGCUGUGGCGAGACUGUUGAUUCACUGGUUUUAUCACCAGGAAUUGGAUCUCGAGUUCCAUCAAGCGACAAAGGCACGCACUGAUAUGCAGCUCUGUGAGCUUUGGAUCCUCGCCGAUAAACUCAUAAUUCCCUCCCUAAAAAACCUCGUGAUCUGGGAACUAGAACGCCUUCGCAUACGCUUCCACACCAUCAGCACCCACUGCCUAAACUACGUGUACGAGAACACCGAAUCCGAAAGCCCACUUCGUAAGUUAUUCUUGCACUGGUGUGCAUUUAACAUGGUGGAGUCAAGGUUUAAGGAAAAGCCGGAGCAUUUUCCCAAGGAGAUGUUGUUGGAUCUGGCGGUGGUGCAGAGUCGGGCGCUGCCGAAGGAGACGGGGGAGUUGAAGAUUAGGAGGUGGGAGGAAUUGAUAAUGUUGAAGGUUGAGGAGCAGGAGUGA